GAAUUGUUGAAUCUUAGCAAGACUCCCGAAAUAACGAAACAGGUAGAGUGUCUGGGAUUAUUAUAUUUGUUAUUUAGCAAUUAUUGAAGGAGGCUGAGUAGGAUAUGAAGAAUUCUGCAGAUCGAGGAGGGUGUUUCCGAGAUCUGCAGAAUUCUUCAUAUCCUGCGAUAGCAAUUAUUGCUUUAUUAUUCAUUCAAAAUAAUUCCAACUUUAAAAACAAGCUAAAAAAUGCUUACCUUGAGCAGUCGAUGUUAAGUUCACAUCAACAGUGCAUCUUUUUCGGGAAAUUUAGCUGAUAAAGGUCUGCUCAGGUCUGCAAAUAUACUCCAAAUAGCAGAUAUUGUCUGUCGAGUUGACUUCUCGCUGUUCUUGCUAUGUUUUUAGACAAUAUUUUGCCGUGAAAAGAGUACAAUGUCUGCCCGACAGUUCAACCACUUUGUAGGUUUCCUCAGUCAUCAGUUCAAUAUGACAGUUCAGGAGCUGGUUAUGGUGAAUUAUGCAUGUGGUUUUGCCCAAUCAGAAACGGGGAAAUAUUUUGAAUGAAUAAUAAUUAACAAUUAAUGAAUGACGCUGAGUAUCUUAAGUAGAAUUAUGGAGAUCAAGGAGGGUGUUAUCCAUUGAGGCUGUAGGCCAAGGCGGAUAACACCCUCUGAGAUCUCCAUAAUUCUCUAUAUGAUACGAAAGCCAAAUUCAAUAAUUGUUUCAUUAUUCAUUCAAAAUAAUUCAAAGUUUAAAAACAUAGCUAAAAUAUGCUUACCUCCAUGGAUGUUAAGUUCAUCUUCGAUAGUGCACGUUUAGGGUUGUUCAGCUCCGCAAAUAUUCUCCAAAUAGCAGAUGCGAGCCUUCGAGUUGUCUUCUUGCUGUUCUUGCCAUGUUUUUAGCUAUUAUUAAUUUUUGCCUAGUUCUUACUCUUAAAAGGAGUGAAAUGUCCGCCAUUUUUUUAUCACAACCAAAACAACUCAACCUUGUCCCUAGGUCUUCUCUCGUCAAACACAAAAUUUUUCCAAAUUUGGUCAUCAGCAACUGGUUAUGGUGAAUUAUGCGUGUGCUUUUAGCCAGUCAGAAUUGGGGGAAUAUUUUGAAUGAAUAAUAAAUUUAUUUAUUCAAUCAUUCAUUUAUUUUUUGAACAUUUAUGCAUAUUUGUUACCUGUGACUUAAAGGAUGUUACUAUGUGGGAGAAAUAUUGUUCACAAUCUAUUAAUUUUUGUGAACCUGCAGGUUGUCCAGGAAUCUGCAUAUACUCAAUUAGAAAAAAAAAAGAAACCUUUCCCGCUUUUAUCAAGUUAUCGCGCAAAUUUUUGUCUUUCCAACUUUUAAAUCUGUUAUCCCUAUGGUGUUAGCUUUGAAAUUAAACUUCUUCUGCUAUUUUAAAGAGUUUUUAACUCCAAUGAGUGCAGUUUACAAUUACAUUUUCAUACUCUUUAUUACAUAGGACCGAUUCUGUGUGCACAAAGUUUGCUUUGAAAAAUUAAUAGAUCACCACUCUACUUACAGAGAUCUGCUUUAUAGAAUAAAGGUGAGGAACAAACAAACAAACAACGACAACAACAACAGCAAAAACAGGACUUGAGUGAAUACAUGUCACCUACAAAUGAUGAGUCAGAAAAGAACUGUUAUCGGAUGCAUACAAUGACCAUAAUAAGUUAACCUGCAAGGAAAUGCAUUUUACACGAGACUAUGCUCUAGCAGCACUUGAUGGUUCCUGGUGCCUUGGUUUUGCUCAUUGGGUGACUAUGAGACCAUAGUUUUGUUUUGAAAAUAUAAUCAUAUUGUGGGUUGUGACCCUGGAUUUCACAGGUUCUGAGAAGAACUGGGCCCCUUUAUUUUUUCCUAGAGCACAGUCUUGUUGGAUCAUGUGUCUUACACAGGGUGUCGAUCGAUGUAUCAUCCGACUUCUCAGUUGAUUAUUGGUCAACAUAUUGGUUGCUAUAUUGGUCUAGUGUCAGUGGAGAGUUGGUCAAGAGUCAGUCGAUAGUCGAUCAAUACAUCGACCGAGUGGCGUUCCACUAUCGUUCAACCGUGGGUCAAGUGUGGGUUGACAGAUAGACUGGUUGUCAGUUAUGAUAGCAUCAGUAGUGCGUCAGCAAUGUAUUGGUGAACUAUCUUUUGAGUAUUGACAAGGUAUUAGUGGUGUAUUGGUUGACAAUUGGCAUUGCCUGUACAAUUUUCUCACCACCCUUGUCCACAAGGCUUUUCCCUUUGUUACUAGGUACCUGUGAACUAUCACGUGUUGGACACUAUUGCUUAUUACUCAUAUCGGCUGUAGCUGACACCAGAUUGAUCAGUUACGAAAUCAACAUGAGAUUUCAGCUGAUACAUUGGCGACACCCCCUAUAAGACACAUGAUCCAUCUUGUUUACGCACCACCUUUCACUCAGGGGCAAAACACUCCUAAAAGUACCCCUAAAGUGUAUGAAAUAUAAUUAUGUAAAUUUUUGAAGAAGGGGAAUUCUAACACCAGAAAUUAAGGCUCAGAAAAAAUUCCGUGCUCCAGGUGAGGAUUAAACACACAACCUACCUACUGGAGGCUCUAUGGUGAGCAGGGUCAUAAUCUACAUAGCAUUCAUCUUAAACCCUUAUGCUCCAAAGAUGGGCUACCCUUACAAAUUACUGUGAAAGGCACAGAUGAGAAGAUAUAGAACUGAAAUUACGUAGACUUUUUGAUGUAUGUUUACAGGACAGGCUUCUUUGUUAUCGUACAUGUAUGUAACAAACUGUGAAGCAUUACAAAAAAUCCCCUUUAGAGCGAUUUUCAUAUGACCUUGAAAUGAAAACGCCCAAACAAAACAGUAACAUCAAACAAAUGGUCAUACUGCAGUUCACGAUUGGCCAAUCGAACAAUGCGUUCUCCAUCUUAAGGUUUUCUUUGGUAGGAAAAUGAAGAGUCCAUGUUUUGAUCUUUUCAUCCAUUGGCUGAUAAAACAAAUAACGAGCACUUACCGAAGCCAUUAUUCAGGGUCAUACAAAAAUCGCUCUAACAAUUUGGAAAUGUGUCUUAAAACUGUUGAACCUGAGUGGAACCUAAGAGUCUUUGUGUCCUGCUUAGACAACAAGUUUUAAACACAAUAAUCUUCGCAAACUUAUUUUAUUAUGCCUGCAUGUGUUCUUAAGAAAGUCUUAGAAAUCCUCCAGCUUUAAAGGUGUUGAUCCAUCUUUGUAGGCAGAAUAUGAGGAGUGUAUCGAGGCCAUAGAGAGAGGACAGAGGGAGGCAGUGUUUCUGUCAGGGAAACUAGCAUCAACCCUCAUGCAGCCUGAGACAAUCAGGUGAAUGCAGGCAUUUAGAAUAUGUAAUAAAUAGAGGAUAUUACAUGGCUGCGCGGGGAAAUAUGAAAUAUUUUUCAACACUCGAAGAGAAAUUUCGUAUCUCCAAGCGGCCAUGUAAUGUUCUAUUUAUUAUAUAAACACCAAUGAAAUACCAACCAUUUCACUUUAAUAGUUUUUUGGUGUGAAAGGUGCUAUUUAUUAUGUAGCCAUAGCAACGGUGACAUUUUCACGUGUGAAGAUAACGUGUUAUUUUCACAUGUGAAGAUAUCAAGUUUUUGCGCGAAAGCUCACCUGGUAUUUCAUUGGUGUUUAAAUAAUAAUUGGUUCUAUUGUUACUUAUUUCCACCUCAGAUUCUCGUUCAAAUACACAUACCUUAAAUGAUCUGUUAGACACCCGGGGUGUUUGUUUAAUUUCAGGGGUCCAAGAGAGAGCGUUUGAUAGAAAGGAGGCGUUGGAAGGAGAGGCGUAUACUUUCAUUUUUGUAACAAUCUUUACAAGGGUAAUAUGCUUUUGGCGAAAAUAUGAAGUUUAUAAACAACAUAAUAUUAAGUCUAGGCAAGUAGAGAUCCAUAUCGCAACCUGGAUGUCCGAGAACCCUUGUUCAGGGUCAUUGUUUUCUCAUCGUUAAUCUAUCCCUUGUUUGAACUUGACAUUGAACAAAAAGCAAUGCCCAAACCCAGAUAACUUUGCUCCUUUUUUCUAAUUCCAAGUAUUUUUGUGUAAUUGUGAUGAGGGGGCAUCUAUAUAAUCCUUGAGUGGGCGUUUAUAAGACAAGGUGUUUAUUUGAGAGAGGGCUUCUAUUAGAUCAUUUAUGGUAAUUGCUUUCUCUGGUGUAAAAUAUGCUGUGAACAGGCACCCGGGAGACGUGGUGAAGGAUACUUCCCCCUUCCCUUUCCUUUUCCUUGAAUUUCAAGCUUUUAUACCACAUAAGAGAGCCUAUUUACAAGCUAGGCUAAUUUUUUUAAAAAUAGGGCAAGGGUUCAAGAAGGCUUUCUGCAAAACUCCAUAGGAAUUAUCUGGGAGUAUUCCCUGGCUCCCAGCACCUUAAGCUAGUGACCCAGGUCGAGCAGGUACAAACUCGGACCGGAUGAACUUACAUUUAGGAAAAUCCAGGCCCCAAUUGUUCAAAAGGUGGAUAGCGCUAUCCGAUGGAUAAAUCUCUAUCCAGUGGAUAGCGCUAUUGGUUUCCCAAAUACUUAUCCACUGGAUAGUGAUUUAUCCAGUGAAUAGCGCUAUCCAACGUUUAAUUAACCAGGCCCAGGAGGGUAACUGUGAAUUGUGUUGUUAGUAUGUGUCAGGGCCCAGUUGUUCGAACCCUGUUUAGCGCUAACCCAGGGUUAAAUUUUAACCCGGGGUUCAUUUUCUUCUUAUCAAAAGCACUCUCUCGGAUAAUUUUCUCUAUUCUUUAGAGCAUCCAAUCAUCAUAUUGUAGGUAAAGAGAAUUUAACUGAAUUUGCUUUUUAAGCUUUCAUAUCUGAGUUCAAAUUUCCCACUAACCCUGGGUUACCUUAACCCAGCUUCGAACAACCCGGCCCAGAAGGUAAACAGACCACCACCACCACCACUACCACCAUAAUGUAUCGACAUUUUAUGAUUUAGUAUCGUUUACCUUGAAUCUCUCCUAAGCAGGAACUUAAAACAACGCGGAGAUGAGCUAGAGCUGAAAAUAAAAUUGCUCAAAGUUCUAAACCAAAGGUAGAUACCAAACCGUCUAAUUCUAAUUAGGUUUAGUGCAGUUAAGUGUGUUUCAACAAUAACUGGAAGAGUUUGCCGCAUUGCCUUGGUUUACGCUAAACGAUUCAAGAAUGACUAUUUUAAUUACGGAACCCCUUAUCAAAGAACCUCGAUGCUAUAUGUUGGUUUAGGGGCACCCAACGACUGUUUUCUGUAAAAUAUCUGUUCGGAGAAGCAAAAAUUGCCCAGAAUUCUCUAUAGCUUAAGGAGGGCUGAAAAUUUCAAGUUGACCGUUCCAUUCAUGUUCAAUUUUUGUAACAUAUGUAAUAAAUUCCCUACGAUUUUCUAAAGUUUAAUUUUUGGCAUUUCAGUACCCAAGUUAGCCUAUUUGUCGUAGAAAAAGGAAACGUAAAAUUUUCGAUGGAGAAAAUGGAGAGAGGAAUCAGAAAAAUUCUUACUUCCGUAAAACUUAAAAUUGCAUUUAAAAUGUUCGGGAAAAUAAUACGGAGGCCCUUGUAAUUUCGAAAAGACUCAAGGUGCCCUAGGACGACCGAACAGAUACAAAUUUUAUAGCGCCGCUUGGAAUGCAUCUCUAGAGAUCUGAAAGUACUCUGGAUAGCCUAAAAAGUGUUUUCAAUGCUUUAGGAGGAAACGAUCGUUGGGUGCCCCUGUUAGUUGAUUGAUCAAAUUGUGGGGACGGCAUAAAGAGAUGCGACACCGAUGUGAGAACCCCAGCGCGGAACAGGCUAUUAUUCAGGGGCGCCCAACGACUGAGUUUCCUCCUAAAUAAUUGAAAACACUUUUUAGUUUUUCCAGGGUACUUUUAGAUCUCUAAAAAAGCAUUCGAAGCUGUGAAAUUUGUAUCUGUUCGGUCAUCCCGAGGAAACUUGAGUCAGAAAAUCGUGGGGUAUUUAUCAGAUAAGCUUCGAAAAUUGUACAUGAAUGGAACGGCCAUCUAGAGAUUUUCAGCUGUCCUCAAAAAAUAGAAAAUUCCAGGCAAUAGGCUGAUUAGCAACAGAACGGGAACGUCAGUUGACGACUGCACGCGCAAAUCAAACAACUGGCUUGACCAAUGGCAGAGCGGCAAAUUGAGCACCUGAAGUCGUGUUUAAUCCUUUCCGCGCGCUUUCCCAUCGUCAACUGACGCUCCCGUCCGAACAGAUAUUUUACAGAAAGCAGCUGUUGGGUGCCCCUGAUUAGUUGCUAAUUUAAUUGUUACGUGGAAUGCACAGCAUUAAAAUACUCCAAACUCUAUCUGACCUCAGGCUAGCCUAAGUUCGAACUAUAAGCUAUCCAAUCUAGUGUGAACAGCAACGGCCCGGGGGCGGCACAUUUCGUCCACACGCAUCGAACAUCGUGCCGGCGCGGUUGGUCGAGAGGGUUUGGUGCACUAAAUUCCAAACCUCACUCCUGCAUUUACUUCCAUCUCAGUGUGUUCCAGUAUUCGCUCCUACUUAUUCACUUCCACGACGGGCCGAAUUGGUGUUCACACUGCACCAAAGUAGGGCACAAAACCUAUCCCAUUUGUGGCGUUCCACUUUCGAGAUCGGCGCAGCGCAGUCUCGCUCCGUCACAGAAAUAGAGAGGAGAAGUGUGACGUCACGUUACCAUGGUAGCACUAUUUCUGGACUACAACAAAUCCAACGACGACGGCGACGGCAAGAAGAACAGCAAGCGGAGUUAAGUUUAUGGAGUACGUGCACAAAAAUUGAAACUGAAUAAGAUCGGUAAAGUUUGAAACAGUGGGAAUGGACUUUUAAGUGACUUUAUCGGUUUGUUGUCAUCCAAAAAUUUUGCUACUAUGGCAACGUGGCGUAACGACUUCUCCUCUCUAUUGCGCCACCACAACCGUUCCUAACCAUCCUGUAUGAUUUUCGUGGCGGAGCAUGCGCAAAAGCUAUCCGGUAUAGCUAGUGUGAACAUAGCCUUUAUUUACUCAUAAUCAUCUGUUUUUAUGCUAGGUUGGAAUCACCGUUGAAGUCAUCUUGCAGGUAAAUAAACACACUGUAAAAAUUGUAACAGUAACUUGUAACCAGAUAAACUUGGAAAGCGAAAUCCGCAUGUUGCAUUAUCAUGAGGCAAUGGCGUCGCUGCAAUUAGAAUUCAUUGUAGAGAGCUUGUAGACAACGACGAAGACGUCGCUAAAAAAUAAAUUUGCGCCCUUUCAAACUUUAUCGCGUCUAUUUGGACCAGCUCGAUUUGUUAAAUGUAGGCGAUUCCACCUGGAGUUGAAUUCUUAAGGACUUUACCCAGCAAAAAAAAGAGGAAGAAAAAUUUACCAUCGUUUGUUCACGUUCUCCAUAAAAACGUUGCAUUAGGAGGUCUUACGUCGUAUUGCUGCAGUGGACGUCAAAGAAAUGUACAAAAAUGCGUGAUGCACGUUCAGAGCUGUUGUUUUGCUCAUAAAACCAAUUGCUUUUUGGCGUUGUCGUUGUCGUCGUCAUCGCCUUUGCUAGAGUUUCCUGUUAAUAUAGAAACUGGCGCAGUACUUCAUCAAUUUCAUUUGUUGUGGGAGUGUGUGAUGUAAAAUGUUUCUUUUCUUUUGUUGCUUUUUUUUUCUCCUGUGAGCAAUAGAACCGGUUUCCUUAAUGUCUUACUCACCAGACGUUUAACUUGUAUGUCUUGUAUAUUUGUAGUGCUAGGAUUUUUUUUCAGUUGCUUGGUGUCUGAAAUGAUAUCAAUUUACACUUUUAGAACUUCAUCCAAGCAACACAGACAAAGUUAUCUCAACUCAUCGAAUUGCGUAUCUGAAGGUACAUUUGUCACGAAAACUUUUUUAUAGGCACUUUUUAUUUUGCACCGAAAAACAAAUUCCACCGAAUGAUAAUUUCGUUUGGUGCCACAAGUUGUAAAGAACUGCCAUCUGCUGCUGAAAAGAAAGCAGAAAGGCCCAAUUUGCAUGUUUGUUAAUCACGCAGACGAAAAUUUCUGCAUGUAAACCCAAUGAAAAGCUGUUCCGCCUUCUGAAAACUUCCUGAUGGUAGGAUCUGCCUCUCUUCAUCUGAACAGCCUCUUAAUAAAGGCAGGUUUACACAUGCAUUUUUUGAUUAGUAUUGGUUGCAAUUUCAUCGUAAUUGUACCGUAUUAUCUAACUAGGGCAGGAUCCAGGUGUUUCAGUGUUAUCCCAAACGGGUCCAUACAAACUUUUGCACACAAUUAAAACUGUUUCACUUGCAGCCGUUUUUGCCGCUAUAAAUUAUUUUCUGGUAACUUCAACUGCGUUUCAACGUAAUGUUCGUUUAAGAACUGAAACUUCUUCUGGUUUAAUGGGUGCUUUUUCGGAAUACGGAUCCUCUGUAAUGAUACGCUUCCCUAGAUUUGUUUAAUGAUGGGGAGGGGCUAUACUCGUAUGCUGUUAAAUUUCUCUCGCAGGCUCCUUUCUGACGUGGGAUCAUUCUCGCAAUGGUUUGCGGUCAUAUUUUUUACCUAGUUUCACCGUGGAACAACUAACGAACACCGCCUUUCUGACAAAAAAGGUACAGUAAAAAAUACUUGCAAAGGUUCUGUGGACAAAAACCUUGUCUGUGUAAUCUUUAUGAAAUCCAAAAGAGGAUCGCUAUAAUUAGCAUGGUUUCGAUCCGAGAUGGGUCUUGUCAUUUAGGUUUCCGAGUCAUUAAGCUUUGAGGGCUAGACUCGACUGUUGACAAAAGGGAAGUGGAACCUGAAUCUAAGGACAUUUGUGUUGCCUAAAAGAGGUUGGAAGAACUGCUAGGCGUCUCAAUGACUCCAUAGAGGCGACCAUCAUUCAGAUUUCAUUUCUUGAAGAAUUUUGGCGAAGGCGAAAGCAACGAGACUGACGAGAAGGUAGAAAUUCAACGUGUUUAGACUACGUUCAGACGGUACCAGAUGAAUGUCCUUCACGUUGAAAAUUCGUCCUGAAAAACGAAAAAACAGAACUUGGCUAACAUACAGCCAUCUUGACUUACGCUUUGGCAAGAACGCAUGUGUAUCUUUUGGAUAAAGGAGGCGCGCGCUCGCCCACGAGAACAGCGCGCGCAACUGAUGACGCGAUUCUAGUGGAACGGUUUCUCUACAAUUGUGACGUGUAAUUUUUUGUGUUAGACAAUCUUUCUAGUUGAAACAUAAAAAGUUAAGUUGACUUAAAAGCACUGAAGUGAGAACGAUAACCGUCGCAAGGAUGGCCUCCUUUCUGUUUUAGCAGACUUGCUCCGCCAAAAAUGUACCUCUUUGAGGAUGUAUUCGUUCGUUAAAGUUAACGUCUAGUUGGAUAGUUUUAUCAAACGUGAAUCCAAAAUCAAACCUUACGCUACAGAGCAUGGUUUAUUUUCUCAGUUGGCAGAUCUGAAAUCUAGAGUGGCUGUGGUAAAGCUAGAGGAUAAAACCAGGUUUGUGGCGUUGUCCUUUGUAUUUUGGAAGAGGGAGAAACAUUAGAAAGCUAAGAAAAAAAAUUCCGAGGUGCAGUGAGAAACGGACUCAUAAGCCUCCGAGUUCUAGGAUGCUCUAAUUACUGAGUUACUGGUGGCUCUAUGGCGAGCAGGGUCGAAAUUCAUUCAUAAUACACCAGUCGUGGAGGAAUGUAUAAACAGCAGUUCGAACACGGCAUUCGUCUGCCAGUUUCUUUGUAGUCCACCAACGUUUCAAGCUCAGGAGUUAAUUUUGAAUUACCGUAUUUCCUCGAAUAAUAGCUGCGGGCGAUUAUUAAUUUUUUCGCGCCAAAAGGGGACGAUUAUUCGAGGGAGGCGAUUAUUCUAAAUUUUUACGGCAAAGGGAAUAAUUAGUGAAUUAAUCUGGGCUAGUUUGCGCGUUGGAACUCUCAUUCUUACCGACACCCUUAAAUUUGAAGCUGAAAAAUAGGACUGCGGGCCGUAAAGUUGACGAAGAAAAGGUCCCCGUUUAGAAAACAAACAAGCAGAUAAAGAAGUUAGUUUCAUUUCGUCAGUUUUUCCAGCUAUAACGAUCUUGUUUGUUGGUAUUUUUAUUUUUGGUAUAGAUUUGUUCCAAAGGCUUUAAAAGGACAGCUUUUGAAGCGCCUUCGGGAAAAAGAGGUAAUUUUUUCCGCGUGUAAAAUGCCAUCCUUCUGGUACUUGCAUUCGACUGAGUAUGUCGAAAAAGUCUCAUAGAUGGAAUUUUUUACCCUCCAAGAAAUAACAAAGAACACAAAUGCUUUCCUGGGCAAGAAUACCUUAAAGUACCUUUUCUGUCAUCUUCUCGCAGGAAAUCAAAGAAGAGCUGUUGAGUAAACGCGAGAAACUCAAGAUGAAAAUAAUGUCAAUUCAGCUGUCGAUGGCUGUACAAGUUGAGGUAAGCAAGAAAGACUCGGCUUUGUUGUUGUUGUUGUUUCUCUUUCUCUAAAAUUCCGGGUGGCCUUGUGAUUUACCGCCAAAACGCGCGGGUACUUGAAAUUCUACCCCAGCUUAAAUUUAGGGGUGGCUUUCGUACGUACGGACGAUUUUGUUAGAACCAAAAUUCGUGUCUGCAUAGACAACUAAAUUUUCUUACCCAUGGUGCUCCGCUACGCGCGCUUCGCGAGAGGUACCGUAAAAUUCCGAAAAUACGCCCCUGGGCUUAUAUUUUUCAAAGGCACUUUAUGAGGGGCUUACAUGCGGAGGGGCUUAUGUACGGAGGGAAAUUUGCUUUUCAAAUUGAUUGGGCUAGCUUGUAGUGGGAAAGAAAUGUACCAUUUUUGCUUUGUUUUACUUUGUAUUCGAGAGCAAAUUCCAACGGUACAAGCCGGGGCGCUUAUAUUCAAAGGGGCGAUUUAACGGAGGGUUUUUUGCGUUUCGAUUUUGGAGGGCUUAUAUUUGGAUAAGCUUAUACAUGUAGGGGCUUAUUUUCGGAAUUUUACGGUAAGUUUUGUUUCGUUGCUCAAGACAUUUAAUUAUUUGAAAGCGAACCGUAUUUAAACAGCUUUUAGCCUUUAGUUCUAAACUCUAUGCUCAACUCUUUUCCUUUCAUUAAUGACUUUUCACGCUUUUCUUGAUAAAUGUGCCUAAUGAGUGGUUCUCUACCAGGGCCCGGUUCUUCAAAAGAUGAAUAACGCUAUCCACUGUCCAGAGGAAAGCGCAAUCGGUUUUUCCUAAUACUUAUCCACUGGAUUGUGAUUUGUCCGUUGGAUAACGCUAUCCAACCUUUGAACAACUGAAGCCAGGAGUGUUUCAUUCUGUAACAAUCUUGAGGUCUCCAAUAUGAGUUUGGGUUUCCGGAAAUUUUUGUCACUACUCUAUUGAACUGUCAAUAUAAAGAGGACGGGUUUUGUUCCAGUUCUCUUCGCAACCUAGUAAACGGCAAGUUUAGCCCAGACAGCACGGACAAAAAAACCGAAUUGACAAGGGAUAGAAGAGACAAAUUAAGCACCGAAAGUCACGUUCAGUCCUUUCCGCGCGCUUUCGCGUUGUCAUUUGACGCUUUGCUAAAUCUGCCUAAUAAAAGCUAGGGAAGGUGUGUUACAAGGACACGAUUCACAACAGCCAUUUUUUCGUUAGUUGCAAUGUUAAAACAGCGUUGUAGCCAUUCUAAACAAUGUCGGUCCAUUAUUGGGAGUUUUGCGGCUCUAACUAAUUGUCGCUGUGUUUCGUCCUGUGCAACACCACCUUAAAUAAGGGAUACAACGUUCAUGAAACAAUCCCAUAAUGCAAUUCAACACAACACUGACCCAGUCACCCGCAAUUUCAAAAUGGCUAGUGGAUCAAAGAAUAGUGUUAGUGGAGAAAGACCUUGUUUCUUUAAAGUAUCUAUCCUUUUGAUCUUUUAGGCAAACAAAAGCAAAACCAGACCAGUUGUUUACAGGGGAGCUUUUGGUAACAUCGCCCUUGCUCUCAAACAAACCAACGAAACAAUGGAGAAGGCGGGUAAGCUAUUUUCUCCCACGCAGCCUUUUUGUGUCGCCACGGAACUCUUCUCCCCAGAAUGACAAAAAAGGCACAGCUGCUUAAGAAACUACGAGUUUAUUUUCGUUUUUAAUCUCAAAAACGAUAAUAAAAGAAUUUAAGCGAAAAAAUGCAACGGAUUCGCGGAUAGGCUGUAAAUGAAUCCACCCUAGGUUUAAAGUAGAUUCGUUGUCGACAUACAUGUAUGAGUCCCGCUUGUGUCCUUUCCCACUGGGCAAGGAUGUGGCCAGUAAAGCUUUCCCCUUCUGGAAGUAAAAUAGAUGAAGCAAAUGAGGAUAGUUUCUCAUGUUUUGUGUUGUUUUAUGUAGCCUCUGUUUUGAUGUUGUACAUGUGCUCAUUAUUGAUCGGAUGGACUACAGUUUCUUAAAGAUAUGCAUUUUUUAUACAUCUGUGCCAGGAGCCGAUUCGGCUCCUGAUCUGUGCUCAAUCUUCAGUCAAUCUUCAGUCUUGCUUGAUAUAAGGCAUUUACACAAAUGUGCGUAAGUAGGAGAACAAAGUAUGUGAUAAAUAAUCGUUAAGCUAAAAGACAUUAUAAGUUAAUUUGUCAAUUUCCCCUUUCAUCUUAAGGACUCCUUAAUCGUGAAAACAAAGGGUCUCGCGUGCGAUAAAGGCACGUGCAACUGAUGACGAUAUCUGUACAAUUGUGACGUAGUUUUUCGAAUCAGAAAAGUUUUGUGAGUAAAAAGUAUAGCAUUGGCUCUUGCGCACACAUGUGAUUUUCCUGAAAUCAUUGAACUUGAAAUUGUUUCUCCAAUUGUUUCUCCUUUGUGUUUUAGCCGACAUAUUUCUUUGCUUUCAAACAACGUACCUACAAAAUUUCUAACUCUUUGAAGAGCGAGGUUUUGGCAGAUGUUGUAGUAAACGCAACACGUCUGUAACGUUUUUUUUUUUUUGCAUAAGUAUUCAUAAACAAACAAGUUUCCGCUUUCGUCGUAAAGAAUCCUGAGUCCUUUAUACCGAAAUAGGAACAAGUUUUCGACUAGAUGCGAAAUAUAGAGUCAACUUUACUGUACUUUGCGCGCAGUCCUCCCAAGCAUUUACCCGAAAAUAAGUGACAGCAUGACUCAGAAUUGAAAACUAAAGUAAAGUAAAGUUUUAUUUUUGUUUGCAGAUGAAAUGUGUCAAGAGACAAAAGACGGGCCAGAAACUGUCGGUGAUAGCCAAUCAUCGAUCUGCAUCCUAGAGGAAGUUGACGUACGUGCCCUGAACCUCCUUGUGCUCUUAAGGUUACAGGCCUGUAAAUAAUUUUCCUUUUAAGAAAUGAUGUGGAUCAUGUCCCACCAGAUCAUUUCAGUCGGACCAUAGUUUAUAGAGUGGAAUGGUUAUAAGCCCGUCAGAGUAGUUCUUUCUUUUAAGUUUUUUUUAUUAUUGUGCAGACUUGACAGUGCACAACGUCCAAUAGCGUUCCUUUCAUUUUGAUCUUCAAAACGUCGCAAUAAUCUAUUGCGCAUCAAUUUUUGAACAGGACACAAGGGAUUUUCCCCCUUCAUGGAGCUCCCAAUAUAAACCGCAACACCUACGAUCUUUGCCGCAUUUUGAUAACCAGUCUCCUCUACUAACUAUGGUCGGACAAACCAAAAAUAGUCCCCUGAGGGGACCUGUGCUUACUGGGUAUAGGGUGUCGAUCCCAAUACCCCUGCCUCCAAUCUGCUAGGUACCUCAUAUAUGAUUCCUAUAGUGUACUGAGAUAUAGAUUCUUAUAGUGUACUGCGUCUUAUAGUGUACCGAGGUACUUGUCUUACUUGUGUGUCUUGGCCUACUUCACUUACUUGGCGUGCUUGAGGUACAUAUUCUUGGCGUACUUGGCUAACUUUUGUACCUAAAGCAGGCCAAGUAACUAAAGUAGGCCAAGACACUGACGCAAUCCAAGACACACAAGUACGCCAAGUACCUCAAGCACGCCAAGUAAGUGAAGUAGGCCAAGACAGUCAAGCCACUCAAGACACACAAGUAAGGCAAGUACCUCGGUACACUAUAAAGACGCGGUACACUAUAAGAAUCUAUAUCUCGGUACUCGCCCGUCUCGCUGGACAAGGGUAACGCGGACUCUAGGAAAAAGAUUGUUCUGGCCUGGAGGUUAUAGCGAAAAACGUUAAAGCUGUGUGCUACGAGUUAAUUCAAUCCGAACAAUCAAAUUUAAAUUAUUGCCACGAGCCGUGUGCGUGUUUGUGCGUCCCGUGCUCAUCCCGUCUUCAACCAAUCGUCAGUUGGAUUCAUUGGCAUCAUACGCGUAUAGAUGUCUCAUUUGCCCGCUGGAAUUUUUUAUCGCCUGCCGCUAAAGAAAAUGUUAACAUCGCAAAAUUUAUUGUGUCUUUGAAGCAAAUAAUUCGGAAGGCUUCAUCGGCGCUUCAUAAAUCUAUUUUUUUCCCUGAAAAGUAGACUUCCUAAGCUUUAAAAAGAGACCAAGUAUAAAUCUCAGCGUACGUUGAAUAUUCGCAGACUUUAAUCUGAUUUUUCGAGGAUUCUAAGUUCGGUUUUAAAACCACUAAAUUUUACACAAAAUGACCUGUGCACAACUUCGGACAAAAACACAAACUUCAAUAUCUCGAAAAAUAUGCUAUGUAAAGUCGAGAUUUCAAAUUCUUUAUGGCGUUGAACAGUUUAGUUCACUAUUUUCAACGUAAUUUUCGCUUAUUCAAUCGAAUUGAGUUCAAACUAUUUUUCGUAAAUGACGGUAAUUCAUGACAUUUCUAAACAAAUUGAACAGCGCGCAUAUUAAAAAAAUCUUGGCAAUAAGAGAGAUAGCUGUAAUUACGUAGUUCAAUAGUUUGUUUCACUCUUUGUACCUCAAGCGAAAAAAAAAAUGAAACAUUAAAAAAAAUAAGAAACCUCAAAAGUGGCAAAGUCCCCGAAAAGGAAAGACGCCAUCGAGUGUUUAUUGAACGCGGAUCUCGAGUAGUGUAACUUACUAACUUCUUGCAAUUUAUUGCUUUUAAUCCUUAUCUUCGAAAUAAUUAAACUACUUUCCUGAUAUUAAAGGUAUGGGGCUUAAAACGAGAAAAGAAAAGAAAAAAGAACUUAUAAAAUUCGUCGGAAAAAAGGCGGUAGUGGGUAUCAAACUCGGUACUUCGGCUCCGAGGGAUAAGCGUUAACGCCUUGCGCCACGGGGACGAUAGAAAUGGACUUACAGACGGACAUAAUGCUUUCUGGCUAUAAAAGCAGUGAGCACAAAAUAUUUUCGAAGAUGUAAUGUGCUGACUUUAGUUUCGUUUCUUCCGUGGGAUGCCUGUGGCACUCCAACGGUAAAAAUCCGGUUCGGUUGUACCCAAAAUUGCAAAGCCAGCCAAUAGGAUUGCGUAAAAUCUUUAUCGAUUAUCUCUUCUUCCAAGCCGACCAAUCAGAUUGUACAAAAUCUGUAUCGAUUUCUAAUCGAUUUGCUUCCUCUGAAGAACGUUGAAAUCAGAACGUUCCUUGCCAAAUUUGUCGCGCUAGAGUUUUCCCACUCGUGGUUUAGGAUGGCGGCUUGUCAACCAGCGAAAUCCUUCGGGAUACUGGCAAGUCACGAAAGGCGACCGAAGCCAAAUUAUUUCUUUCCUUCAUGAUUCUUUUUUGUUUAGGUCAAGCUUUUUCAUAAGGUUUUAGUAGCGUCUGGUUGAGGGCCGUGAUUUCCGAUAGAUUUUUCAUUCGGAGUUCGCCAGUUUUUGCCGAGCACAGCUAGAGUUCCGUUUUUUUCUUUUCUUAUCGAAAACACCUUGACGAUGGGAGGUUAAAUCGCGUAAAUUUCAACUCGUACCCUUGACGAUUGUCGGUGAAAUCGCAAGCAAGCAGAUGUUUUGUUUUGUUUUGUUCCAUUAACCUAAAACUACAAUGUUUAUUUAUCUUUGAAAAAGUUACCUGUGGCUACUUACUACCAAGAUAUGACGUAUCUUUAUACAUAUAGUUCCUGUUCAGGUUUAAUCAGAGAGCUUUAAGCGCAUGUUCUCCAUUAGUUGUUUCCGUUAACAUUUCAAUUUAAGUUACACGGGUAAACCUUGUUUUGAUGCAAAAUGACUUCUUAUUCUUAUCCAAAUCGUGCUAUGAAAAUAACUACAUAGCGAUGGAUCAAAACAAGAUCAACUCCAUCCUUGCGACCACUGACAACUAUAAAUUUAGCUUGCGUAGCAGGUGUCGAAAGGGGUGGAUUGGGGAGAAAUAGUAGCUUGCCACGCAGGCUACUAUAAAUUCAGUCAUAAGCACAUUAAACCAACCCAUACAGGCAACCUACUCAUCGAUGCUCAUAACAUGAUGACACAUCUUUCCGGUUUCCCUAAUUUUUCCAAAUUCAGAUAGAACGCCAUUAUGCUUCCAUAGACCAACGGAUCCCACGGAAACGACUUUAGGCGUCUUGUAUUAAAAUAUUUUAUACUUUAAUUUACAUUUAUUUAUUUUGUGUCCCCUAAUUAGCAUAGGUUUUUUUAACCUAAGCUAGGAGGCUUCUUUAGACACCUUAAUAAAGUUUCAUCAUCAUCAUCAUCACGGUUUUUAAAGGGAACUUAGUGCGCUUCUUACACUUUUUUCUGCCAUUUAUUUUUUAGACAAUUAGAACUGAAAAUGCCCAGCUGCUUGAGGAAAAAGUUGCCCUAGGACAGGAAAAUAAUGAGGUACUAUCCGCUUGAUAAGGUUUCAACCUCUUCAUCCUAAAAAUUAGUUCCCACGCCAAUUAAAGCAUACAAUAAUAAGAAGCAGCCUGUCGGCGGGAAAGUUUUUACCUAAAGGUGCUCUUAAGGAGUUAACUUUUCAGUAUAUUGUCCAUCAGUACUUUGUUUCUUACCUGUCUUUAAAUUCACGUGCAUGCCCAACUUCAAAGUACAAUUCUGAACAAUUCUGCCCCCUUCCCACUCACCCCUGCCUGUUUUUCUUUCCCUGAAAUAAUUUAUUGCUGAUUUAUCGCUUUACAAGUAUUUGAAAUACUCCGCUCUUGCCUUUUUCUUUAGUUAAAAAUGAGAGAGACUGAAAGAUUAAAAACGUAAUUUUUUUCCUGCUUAUAGCUCUUUGCGCCGAGCACACAAUCUAAAGACCUGGGCUUUUAAUGUUUGCUUUAUGAAAGCUGUUGUAUGUUGUCUUUUUUAUGAAUAAAUAAAUCAGGUUUGGCUGUUAAGCUGGGAAAAAAUCAUGGGGAGGGUCGCGAGUUAAAGUUUUGUACUUCAACAGCAGCACGACCACUAUUGAUCGGCGAAAGCUCGGAUUUUAACAAUCAACUAUAUAUCUACAGCUUUUACGGGCCUCACUCGAGCUACAAUAUUUGUAUUUACAAAUAUCAGUAAGUAACUGAUUAACUAUGUUUUAAAUUACAGGAGCUACGUUUGAAAUUUAACGAGUGUGAAGAACAGAAAGAGGUAAUGAGGCAAUAUAACUUAAUUGCGUCCCACGUGCAGUGAAUUCAAUUCUUUGUCUUCGGAUGCACUUCUAGUUAUGCAAAUAUUCAGCCACAAAAUGCCCCCUCCCCCCCGGACAGUAUUUAGUAUUUAAGCUGUUCGGUUAUUGAUUUAUUUAUUGAUUUAUUGAUUUAUAUAUUUAAUUAAUUUGGAAGGAUCCAGCCAAAGACAGAGAGGCGGAGUUUAUACUUGAAUACAUUGAAAACUUCUUUGAGGUGAGAAGAAAAUAAGUAACUAAAAUCAUGUGAUCUUCUUGGUCGACUCAAGAUGGGCAUACAUUCCAGUGUAAUUCCAAUGAGACUUCGAAGCCCGAGCGAGUCAUUGUUCGCUCCUUUGUUAAUAAAAGUAUUUUUUUUUAAGGUGAGAGGGGUGGGGGGGGGAAUAGACCCUCUGCAGCUAAAAAGUCACGCAAGACAAGAUUGCAGUUUCCACUGCAUUCUCUGCUCUCAAGGCGAGGUGUAUCAUGUUACUGUGCAUGUCAAGCUGCAACAUUCUCUCUUAGCUGCAAACGGUCCAUUUUAACAUAAAAAAACUAUUUAUUUCAAUCGAACUUCCCACACUAAUCAGGUACUAGGAUCUCAUUGGUCUACUUCGGUUUCCCAAACACAAAAAUCCGCAUUGGGUGCGAAGUUGGAUAGCGGUUAACACCAGCAAAUCGUCUGCUUUGCUGGUUACACAGUUCAUGGAUUAUCAGUAUAUAAAAAUAUAACCCUUAUUAUAUUAUAUUAUUAUUAUACUUGACAUUUUGAAUUCCAGUACUCGCAGCAUUUUUUUUUACUGAAGGAAUUAUUAUUUUCGUUCCAGUUGUUUGAGGAGGGAAAAGUUGAAGAAGCUGUAUUGCAUGCAGCACAUUCUCCAAAGGUUAGUAAUACGCUUUCAUUUGAGAUAACUGUGUCUACGUUAAGCCAUUUAACAUUUUGUUUUGUUUUUGGGUAUGGUAUUGUAUGAUAAUGAGUUUGAAACAAAAGAAAAUAAAAAUUAAACCAAGGAUAAAACUGAACUACAACAUAUACACCAAAUGUACUCACAGAUGAGACGGCUAUGAUUUUGACAGUUACGUAGAAGUGCCUUUAAGGGCCUGUUUACAUAGAGGUGUGGACCCCAGAUAAGUGAGGUAACCCGCCUUUCCAUAUGAUCUCUCAUUUUAAUUUGAUCAUGCUAACAUGAUGGGUGUUGUGACCCUCCGCGGGCUACUUCACCUGACUGGGUUCCCUCACCUCCAUGUAAGCAAGCCCUUAAUUUGAUCACGUUUACAUGAUAGGUGGGGUAGCGCGCCGCAUGUUACCUCACCUAUCUUGGGUCCCCCACCUCCAAGUAAACAGGCCCUUAAAGGGCACUUUUACAUAACCGUCAAAGUGAUAGCUGUCUCAUCUGUUGGUACGUUUGCUGUAUAUGUUUUAGUUCAAUUUUGUCCUUGGUUUAACUUUUAUUUUCUUUUGCGUCAAACUCGUUAUCAUACAUUACCAUACCCCCCACCCCCCCAAAAAAAAUGAAUUAAACCAAGAAUAUAAUUGAAUCAAGUCAAUGCUAGGAGUAUUGAGGUUCCCUAAAUUUAGUUGUCUGGCCAAACAAUUCGACAUUGGGCGGAAAAACGGAAAUAUCCUUUAGGUUUGUCCGUUUCAGGUCGUCGCAUGACACAAUGGCAAUUAUAGUCAUUUGAAACAGAGAUAGAUAUAACACACAUCGAAAUACAAGCAAACAUAUAAAGGGAGAAUUGUCCUCCACACUUCCUAACGUGAAGUCACUGCUCUAGCUGUAAUUUCGCCUGUAUUGAGCGGUAGUGUUAAGACAAGCAACAGCUUUUCCUACAUCGCAGAAUUGAUAAACCUGAUGAAUGCCAUUACCAUGCAUCGAAUCGCAUUUUGUCCUGCUAAUGAAUUUGUGGUCGACGCGUAUUGCAUAGGGAGUAGGGAGUUUUAGCAACUACGACGAUCUCCUCGCGGUCGUCGUUGUGACAUCUUAAAGUCCAGGCCCCAACCUCGUUCCCAGGUUCUCUCUCCUACCUGUCUCCGUCUCUCUCUCGCCCCGUAGGGUCGGGUAGGAGAGAACCCUGGGAACGAGGUUGCCCAGGCCCCAGUUGUUCAAAAGUUGGAUAGCGCUAUCCAACGGCGGGCCCAGUUCCUCUAAAGAUGGUUAAGUUCAACCUAGGAUUAAGCCAAACUUUAAGCAAGGUUUUCUUGUCUAAGAACAUGUAACUCGAGGUUACAAUUACUGUUGUACAUUUACUUCGAAAAAAAGAAAUGAUAACACAACAUGUCACUCUAAGCAAUGUAUAGGAAGGUAAAUACAAAAAACGGGACAAAAUUUUAAUUUUGGAUUAGCGCUGAUCGCCUUUCAGGAACCUGGCCCGGUUAAAUCACUAUCCAACGAGUAAGUGUUGGGGAAACCAAUUGCGCUAUCCGGUGGAUAGUGAUUGAUCCGUGGAUAGCGUUAUCCAACUUUUGAACGACUGAGGCCUUUUUCCAUAUAAUCAUCAAGAUCGCCCCUCAAAAUUUUGGGACUAGAGAAGCGCUCUGUAGUGAUCAUUUGUUUUUAUUUUCCACGAAGGGAGUUUUAAGGACAAUGGAAACACUAAAACAGUUUAAAGAAUAUGAUGCUAGUCAUGGCGACAGGUAACGUACCCUAUGACGCCUCUAUUUAGAGCCCUUUCUUCAUUCACCUUACGGCUGAGACACCCGGAGGGUUAAGGGGCGGGGAGGGGUGUGCACUCCCAUACUAAAUUAAAAUGACGGGGAUUCUCGUCGUUUCGCUUAGAGUAAAAAUUGGAGAUUAUGGUCCCAGGACCAAAGGCCAAUAUCUUUGCCAAUGACGGUAUCGCUUAGGGAUGUGCGUAAAGAAAUAGAGACCUUAAAAUUCCAGGACGAGACUAGAUUUAACUUAGAUUUUUUCUCGUAUUUUUUUAAAGAAAUAUACACUCUGAAAAUCUUCAUUGUACUUUUUCUUCACCAGAAAAGUUACACUGUUAUCUUUAUUGGAGGAGCUUAAGCCCUCUCCCAUCGCAAAAUGAUAAAACUUCUAACAUUUGAUAACUUGUUUUUGCCACUACGACAUUCUCGCUAAAACUCGUAGUACAAUGACGACGACUAUCACGUUUUCCCGCCAAAAUGACGCUGGUUCACGCACAUGGACUACUUAGUAUUGAGAAAAUCUUGUACUCGUAGUUUUACUCGUCUUAGAAUGUAAAGGUCUCUAUAACUAUGCGAAAAAAAAAACUGCAAAGGCCGUCAUACUGUGUUGUGUUGGACUAUAUUCUAAUAGCAAUCAAAUUAAGCUCGAGCCACACCCUAUAGAUUGGUCUCCUUACGACGAUCUUACGAGCAUCCCUGUCGAAUUCAUAAUGGAGUCCCCCCGGAAGAGGUACCUAUGAGAAAGGUGCCGCCCCUCGUCCCUAGCCUUUCCUCAUUACUGUUUCUUAAUCCUUUGUGAAGUGCGAUUUAAAGGGUUUUGAUGCUGAACGUAACAUAGCUCAGUUUCAAAAUCUCGGAAAAGAAGGUCCUCCGUCGUCAGUUGAGAAACGGCUUUCAAUGGAGCACUUAGUGAUCGUUUUGUCAGGACAACUAUACGUACUGUUUUUAAUAUGCCAAUUUCAGCAUUGAAGCACACCCACCAACUCUGGGUAUGGCCAGUACCUUACGCAUGCGCACAACCUUAUCGAGAUACACGGCUUCGUCUGUUCAUAGGCGCGACGGCUUUGCAAUGCUGAGGAGUUAGUAGGUGUGUUUCAGUGCUGAAAUUGGUAUGAUUAUUAUUUUCCAUUUAAAAUCAUAGCUAUAACAAAGUUCUCAAAUCUGAUUGGCUAUCAGCUGUUCUAUUUUGGCACUAAUAGGACAGUGUAAUAGGACAGUACGCGCCAUCACGCGCGCGCUUUAAUGUUUUUUUUUUUAAAUAUCACUGCUAGCAGAAUUUCCUGUGUUUUGAUUUAAAAUAACCUCAAUUAUCAAAAAUUGUGUUACAGUUAUGAUUAAUUGGUAACAGAACUCGUGAUUAAACAAAUCAGACUCCCGCUGCCCAGUUGUCCGAUUUUGUUUAUCACUCGUAUCAGUUCUGACCCAUGAACGAAAUGGGUCUCUGAAGCUUUUUUAUUGAUCACGAAUGACCCUUGCCGCUCUAACAACACAUUCGUAUCCUACAAAAAUGGACCUUAGGCGAACAGGCCAGAUUUUGUUGUUGUUGUUAUUUUUCAAUCCUUUAUUAAGCCCUAUUCGCCCCAAAGCUUAACCAUGGUAAAAAUUGUUUCCUUCAUAAAAGCUGCUUAUUGACUUAAAUUUAGUGGAAAUUACAAAACAUGUUGAAUUUGUAUAGGUAAUAGCAUGAUUUGUAGUGAUAUUUGGCAUAAAUACCACGAGUGAUAUUUCGAAAUUGUUAUACGUAAUUUCACGAGCCGUUAGGCGAGUGAAAUUUGAGGCAAUGUUGAAAUAUCUCGAGUGGUAUUUAUGCCUAAUAUCGCGUACAAAUCAGGCUGUUAUUUGUUUAUACCGCUACCCGCAAAAUGAUUGUAAUUUUCACAUGUAGGUAUUUCAAAUUAAGCUGAAAUACCAGUGCUCUAAGCCAAUCAAAUUGCAGAAAUUUCUCAUGUAGUAGUAUAACAUUUGAAAUCAAUCCUGUGUAAAAACCGGUUUUUUGGUUUUCCGUGUCUGUUUUUUUAUUUUUAGAACAUGGUUUAAUUGAACAUGUAUUGCUGAUGUGAACGGGACUGAAUUAGUUAUGUUUGGACUGUACUUGAAAGAUGUAUACUUUAUAGUGUGGAGGCGUCCACCUAUGUCCCUGCCCAAGGUAGCCGCCGUGGAGAGUUUCGACUUUGCUUCUUUUCCAAUUAUUUUCAGUUCACUCUUUGUGGCUUACUGGGAGGCUCUUCUACCAACUGUCGCUACAGGAUGCAAUAAACCCUCAGAAUGGGAGACGAUAGAGUGCAUCAAAUGUCUCCUCGACAAAAGUAUGUAUCUUGCAAAAAAACCGCCAAAUGCCCCAAAAUUGGUGCAUCAUAAUUUGUCGAUAAUGAUGUUAUAUUACCUCAGGAAACGUCGAUUACGCUCACCUUGCAUGAAGAGGCGUUUUAGGAAAGGAUUCAAAACAGGUGUAUAUGACGAAAGAACCAACGGUAGUGCUACCCAAGGCACCACCCAUAUGAGAAGCCUGAUAGACACAAAUUUCUGAUCUGAGCAUCCGAGAAAAGACUGAAAUAUUUUGGUGCAAACUGCACCGAGACAUUUAUAUCUUUACUUUUUUUGGUCGUACUAGAGGGAGGGUGGGGGUUAUGCGAAUGAGAAACCGUCACCAUCUUUCGACAGUGAGUGCUAGGGGGCUCCAUAGUCCAGUGUAAUCGUGCAGUUGUUAGUCGUGGCUGAUUACAAGUAUAGCUUUGGCCAUUUGCCUUAAUUCCCUUGCUUCACACGGCAAGGUCCUCAUCCGCGCGAAGAGUGCCAAGAGCAGAAAUGGAAUAUUUCUGCCCGCAGGUUGAUUGAGAUGCAUUAAGGGCAUCUUGAUGUUUGAACAAACCAUUAAUGUUGGCCAAACAAAUUUUUGUUUUCUUUUCUUUGCUUUUUUCCCUUAAUUUCAUACCGUUGGCCUUUUCCCCGAAGCUUCACGAAGCUCCGCGAGCCACGUUAUAGUAACAUCGGCCAAAUAUAAUGUUGAAACAUGAGAACCACUUGUAAAGGGGAACGUAUUAAUUCCUUUUCUGUUUUUCCUUUCUGGCAGAUAGAGUAGAUCUACUUACUCAUUGGAUCGCACAGGACCUGGUAAGAUAG